CGAGAGCACGAGUGGCGAAUGCGUGUUUCCGUGCUUACUUCGUCGUCCGCCGAUCCGACCAGGAUUUUAGCAAAACCGAACUCGGGUGAAAUUCGUACGAUUUUCUGCGGUAAAUAGUGGUGCUCCGGUCGUGAAAAUAUGUAAAAACCCUUCCCGGUGUCCAUUCCGACGCGUACAGAAUGAAAUUUUCCGCGGGAAGGUGAAAUUUGCCGGUGAAAAAUCCGCUCGAAAGUGUUCGGAAUCGUGAGUCGUCUCGUGCGGUUCCAUUUUUUUAGCUGGCCAGGCGCUUGCAGCAGCAGAAGGCCUCGGCUUUUGUGUGGUAGUGUUGGUGCCCCCCCAUCGAAGAAAACACGACGACUAGCAAAAAGAAGAAGAAGACGUGUGGUGGAAGAAAAAGUGCCGUGGCCUUCUCGGAUCUCUGUCUCGACGACGAAUUCGAGCGGGAGUUGCGUUUUUUGGUUUUUAUUUUGUUGCUCUUUUAGUUCAUUACGCACGAUUACAAGUUGCAAGAAGAGUGGUGCUGUGGAACGUUUUUUUUUUUUGUUUUGGCUUAAUCCAUGCCAGGCCAAAUGGUUUGCGACUCGACUUCGUUGGUGAGUGCGGCUCUGCGCGACUCUUUGACCUCAUCCGGCGGCAAUAAUGGCCUGGGAGGGGGAAGCUCCAUGUCCGCAGCUUCCUCUUCGUCAUACUUUGGUGUAAGUUCCUCGGGGAACAAUCCCGGCUUAGCUGAUCCGGCAGACGACGAGCUAGUGGACCGCCUUGAGAGUCAAAUUUCGGAUGCUCUCCGGAGGAACCAGUUGAAACCGAUUCGGUAUGAGGAAGUGUCCAACUACAGCUCCGAGCAGGACAGUCUAAAGUCGAAAUAUAUUGUGUUGAAAGCCACUGCCAGCUUGACCAAUGGCAACAUCAAUGGAUCCGGCAGUAUUGGUGGAGGAGGAGCUGGAACAAACACACAGUUGAUGAAUGGAGGCGGCCGAGGAAAUUCGUCGUUUUCGGGGACGUCCAAACUGUCCAACGGCAUCAGUCAUCAAAAUGGCAACAGUUCGUCUUCAUCGGCAGCCGGAAAGGAUCAGCUUCCUGCCCCAAAACGGGUUCUCUAUCCGCGGGAAAACGUUCAACUCGGCUGGAAGGCCACCGGACACAAGUGGAAUACCGGAGCCGGAUUCACCAACGUCGGCAACACGUGCUAUCUCAACUCCACGCUGCAGGCUCUGUUCCACGUCCCCGCCAUUGCCAACUGGCUUCUUUCGGACAAAGCCCAUCGGGAAAGGUGCGAGGACAACGUUAACGGUCAAGGAUGUAUAAUCUGCGCAAUGGCCAAAACGUUGAUGGCAUCGCAGAAUAGUAGUCAGGGCUCAAUAAAACCGUAUUUGGUGGUCUCUAAACUGCAGUUAGUUUGCAAGCACUUGGUUCCAGGACGACAGGAGGAUGCCCACGAAUUUCUCCGCUAUCUAGUGGAAGCGAUGGAAAAAUCCUACCUGGCGCGAUUUAAGAAUAGCAAAGAACUGGAUCAGUACAGCAAGGAAACCACGCCGCUUAAUCAGAUCCUCGGUGGAUACCUUCGGUCUGAAGUAAAAUGCUUGUCCUGUCAUCACGUGUCCACUACCUUUCAACACUUUGAGGAUUUGCUGUUAGAUAUCAGGAAGGUGAACUCCAUCGAGGAGGCCCUCACAAUGUACUUUGCCCGGGAGCGCCUCGAAGAAAUGCAGUACAAGUGUGAAGCUUGUAAGAAAAAGGUAGCUGCUACGAAACAGUUUUCUCUAGAGCGUGCUCCCUUUGCUCUUUGCAUUCAGCUUAAAAGAUUCUCUAUGAUGGGAAACAAAAUCAACAAGCAUGUAGAGUUGAAAACCCGAUUGGAUUUGACGCCGUUUUCGUCCAAAUCGGCGGUCUCAAAUGGUAGACUUACCUACAAGUUGGUUUCGAUGGUAACCCACUUGGGAAGCACACAGCAUUGUGGACACUACACUGCGAUAGGAGGGACGGAAAGUGGAACCUAUUACGUGUUCGAUGACAGCUUAGUUAGGCCGAUUUCGCUGCAAAACGUCACUAGCACCAACGCGUACAUAAUCUUCUAUGAACUGGAAAGUGUUCAGAAUGGGAUUAAACAAAGCGCCAGUAGCACUGCCACGUCGGCUUCCUGUACCCAAAACGCAUUUGGGAGUCCCUCCGGGAAGUAUGGGAGUAGUUCUUUCGAAGGUGGAUCCAAUUCCAGCAGCGGAGCGACUGCACACGCGUCUACCCUCCGAGGUUAUGGGUCUAGCAGCAACUCUGGCCACAACCCUCUUAUCCCGAGCAAGUUGGAAAACAGGUCAAACUUUAUUGGCCCAAUGUUGCCUCAGCAAACGCAAGAAAAAACCAAAAAGUUGGCUAACGGGCUGAGCCGCUACGAUGACGAUGAAGGGGAAGCCCUCGUCACGUCCACUAGUUCACGCGUAUCUCCAAUCUCAUCGACCACGUCGUCGCUUUCCUGUCCCUCGCCAGUCAAACAAUCCUGCCCGAAUGGUCCCUCGUCCAGUGCUAGCAAACUCGUGAGAAACUCUCCGGUCUCGUCAAAUGCGAAGAGCAAAUUCGGCACAAGCUUCAAUGGCAUUGCUAAUGCAGGCAACGGCAGCAGCAAUAACAACAACGGUAGUUUUAAGUCUUCAUCAUCACCCGCAGCAUCUUCUUCUUCUUCACAUUUACAUUCACUGCCAUCAAUGCCUAAACUUUGCAAUAGUCUCUCAGCAUCGAAGAAUUUCCACGGCGGCGACAGUGGCGAACCUUCCGCGCUAUCCUCGACCGUCAAGGGUGCUGGAUUCUCUGGGCUCUCGAAGGCCAACGGCAGUUCCCUCACGAACGGCGGUCACCACAACCACAACGGUGGCAAAUCGAUCAGUAUAGUUCCGUACGAAGCCGAUGAUGACGAUGAGGACGAGGACGAGGAUGAGGUGGAGAAUGACGAGAACCAGAAGCGGUCCGGUGGUGGUAGCAAGAAGCGCAACGGCGGCCGGAACAAGGCGGACGAAGACGACGAUGAUGAUAGUGAUGAGGAUGUUGAUAGGAUACAAUCGCACGUCCUGCUGGGUCCGGGAAACAACGGCAACAGGCAGCAGCGAUGUUCGAAUCAAAUCGAAGAGGAUUACUCGCCCAAAUCGCCCCCCGUCAUAAAAACCAAAGCCGGCCUCUGGAAGGUAAGUGAUAACCGUCCUCAAAGCAGUAGCAGCAGCAGCAGUAGUAGUGCAAACAACAGCAACAACACUUCGCCUGCUACUUCCGGCAAUUCCUCCCCGGCCAACUAUGGACACAUGAAUGGCAACGGCAGCGGUCCAUUGGCGUCCGGGUACCACCAGUCAAACAACCGACAGUUUAACGGCUUCAACGGUUACAACGGUAAUGGGAACAAUAAUCGCAACGGCAACGGAAAUGAUGUCGUUAAUCAACUAUACCAAUUCUCGCACCGUGGUUACGGAGCUCCGGUUCGAAGCUGGAACGGACAGCAGACCAACAUGGACCGGGAACUGUCGAAUGAACGACGAGAGGACAGGAAGCGGCAGUACGAAGACGAUUGUGAUACCGAAAUGGAUCGGGGUCGGACGAAGAAGGUCAAAACGCACUUCUAUCAUCAACAGCAGCGGCAGCAACAACAGCAUAACCCAUUCCAGAUGCAUCAGAUGAACGGCGGAAACGGUGGUGGCAACAACAACAAUUUCAACCGAAAGUGGAAUAAUAACAACGGCAACCAAUUUGGAGGCAAGUACUACCAAAAUCGAGGAGGUAACUACUAUCAAAACGGUAAUCACCCCCGGAACUACAACGGGUUUCGCAAUGGGCGUCACGGACGUAAUGGUUUUUAUAAUAAGUCUCAUCAUAAUCAUCAGCGUGACAAAUUUUAAUCAAAGCCGUAAUACUAGUACCAAUAGUAGAGGCCGUGCACUAUCUUCCUACCACCCCUCUCCCACUUCUAUCCACCCUUCUUCCAUUUCCAUUAUCUCGAUUAUUGUUUCUGUACAUAUAUGUAAAACUAAAUAAGAGAGAAACUUUUCGGUAUAAACGAAUAAACGCGAACGAAACUGUUAGCGGGAGGAAAAACAUCCAUCCUUA